AUGGGCGAGGAGGGCAUGGAGUUUCUGCUUGAUGCGGUGGACAGGUUUCCCGUGUGGGAGGAGUUUGCUGAUAACAUUGAACAGCCAGAUCUGGUUCCUCUUCUGUAUUUGCUACAGAACGGGGGCGGCGGAGAGCAAGGUGCUAUUGCGGCGAACCGUGGUUCUGGGGUGGCUCAGUUGGCCGGUGGAGAUGUCUCGCCCGACGAGCAGGGCGAUGCCAGGAGACGGCGAGUUGCGUCUCCGACGAGGUCUGCUCAGUCAACCGACCGAGUUAAUCCAGAGGCCCCUAGCUGGACUAAACGGUUGCGUCUUGGGAGUGCGCCACCAGACCGUUUGCCAUGCCCAUCCAGGAUGACUGCUCUGGAGUUAACAAUCCGCAAAUAUGCGGAGCAACCGGACAAGAGCGUGAUGCGGCCUGAACUAGGCCUCAGCUUCGACUCGUUGGGUGAGGCAUACGAAUUCUACAAUCUUUAUUCCUGGGAGAUCGGCUUCGGAAUAAGAUAUGGGAAAAGCAGACUAAAUGCUCAGAGGACAAAGACGAUGCAGGAAAUUGUUUGUGGAUGCUCGGGAAAACCGGAAGCAGAGAACAGCAGAUCAUGCUGA